GCGCCCGCCCGUGGUCCCUCCGGUCCAGUCAGCGCGCCCCGCCGGCCUCCGCCGCCAGCCAUGAGCUCCACGCAGUUCAACAAGGGGCCCUCGUACGGGCUCUCGGCAGAGGUCAAGAAUCGGCUCCUGUCCAAGUACGACCCUCAGAAGGAGGUGGAGCUCCGCAGCUGGAUCGAGGAACUCACCGGCCUCUCUAUCGGCCCCGACUUCCAGAAGGGCCUGAAGGAUGGAAUUAUCUUAUGCACACUCAUGAAUAAGCUGCAGCCGGGCUCAGUCCCCAAGAUCAACCACUCCAUGCAGAACUGGCACCAGCUAGAGAACCUCUCCAACUUCAUCAAGGCCAUGGUCGGCUACGGCAUGAACCCCGUGGACCUGUUCGAGGCCAACGACCUGUUUGAGAGUGGGAACAUGACCCAGGUGCAGGUGUCUCUUCUCGCCCUGGCGGGGAAGGCCAAGACAAAGGGGCUGCAGAGCGGCGUGGACAUCGGUGUUAAAUACUCGGAGAGGCAGGAGAGGAACUUCGACGAUGCCACCAUGAAGGCGGGCCAGUGCGUCAUCGGGCUCCAGAUGGGCACCAACAAAUGUGCCAGCCAGUCGGGCAUGACGGCCUACGGGAUGAGACGCCACCUCUACGACCCCAAGAACCACAUCCUGCCACCCAUGGACCACUCCACCAUCAGCCUCCAGAUGGGCACCAACAAGUGUGCCAGCCAGGUGGGCAUGACAGCCCCAGGGACCCGGCGGCACAUCUAUGACACCAAGCUGGGCACCGACAAGUGUGACAACUCCUCCAUGUCCCUGCAGAUGGGUUACACGCAGGGCGCCAACCAGAGCGGCCAGGUCUUUGGCCUGGGCCGGCAGAUCUAUGACCCCAAGUACUGUCCGAAAGGCCCAGCGGCUGACGGGGCCCCGGCGGGUGCCAGCGACUGCCCAGGCCCUGGGGCGGCCCCUGAGUUCCCCCCCUACUACCAGGAGGGGGCAGACUACUGAGGUGCCACACGUGGCAUCUCCACACAUCAUCGCCUCGUCUGGGUUUUGGGGUUUUGUCUUGUUUUUCUAUAUGUUGGAGCGCUGCCAGCGGAGGGUCUGUGGGCGGCUUGGGGGGGAGUGGCCAGGGGUGUGGGUCCCACCCUCCCUUGGAUUCUUGCCAGAACUGAGCCACCAGGCUAGGGGGAGGGGCAAAGGUCACAUCUCACUCCACUGGGGGAGUUAGGGGAGCCGAGUUAGGGGAGCCAUCCCUGGCAGGGUACAACCAGCAGCCUGUUCCUCAGCAGGCUGGACCCUGAGCUGUGGGGGAAGGGGAACCAGCCCCCAAUGGUUUCCGGUUGCAUUCCCUCCCUUCCCUUUUCUCUGAAGAUCAGUUUGUGGUUUCUCUGACCACAGAAGCUUCAGGCAGUUUUUAAAGAAAGAAAACCACUUUUUUUUUCUUUUGCCUCCAGGAGAAUGGUGGAAGGAGGGUACUGGGAAAUGGAUCCGCUGGGAGAGGGCCAGGCCACCAACCUGGAAUCCCGACGGUCUAGAUUUCCCAGGAUCCUCAGAAUGCCAACUGUGACCUCUCCCAGGACCCCUCAGUGGGAAACUGAGGCCUAGACAGGA